AUGAUUGAAAAGGUCAAGGACACCAGAGAGGAGGAGGAAGACAAAGAGGGGGAGAAUGAGGAUGAGGAUGAGGGGCAAGGAGACAAGGAGUCUCAGAUUAAAUUUAAUAUAAGGCAUGAAGACAAAAACUUUCAGGGAUGUUGUUUUGAGUGCAGCAUGGACUGCCCAGAGCUGUCAUCCCACUUCAGCUGCUGUUACUCCUGGGCCUGGGUUUUGUAUGAACGUCCAAAAUUAAUGGGCUGCCAGUACAUCCUAACCAGGGGAGAGUAUCCUGAUUACCAGCACUGGAUGGGCUAUAAUGACUCUAUAAGGUCUUGCCGCAGGGUGCGAAAUCAUACUGGCAUUUUACGUAUCCAUCUGUAUGAGCGGCCUGACUUUCAGGGUCAGAUUAUGGAGUCCAGUGAGGACUUACCCUUUCUCUAUGACCACUUCCAUCACCGUGAGGUACAGUCCUGUAACGUUCUGGAUGGGGCCUGGGUCUUCUGUGAGCAUCCUAACUACAGGGGACAUCAGUAUUUGUUGGAGAGAGGCGAGUUCCGCCACUUCACCGACUGGAGUGCCAUGCAUCCUGCUGUCGGCUCCAUCCGCAGUGUUCAGGAGUUUUAG